AUGAUAAUAGGAUUCUCAGUGAGCUGGGCUGGACCUAUUUUUCCGAAAUUGCGGGAUCCAGAUCAAAGUCCGUUGCCAUAUUUACUGACGGAAAUAGAAAUGUCCCUGAUUGCGUCAUUUACGUACAUCGGAGGAAUACCAGGUCCAUUUAUAAUGGGUUGGCUAUCAAACAUUUACGGCAGGAAACCAUGUUUAAUAGUUGGAGGAGUGCUAGCUGGUUUGGCGUAUGUCAUUUUAGUGUGGUCGAACAACUUGGCUAUGUUGUACUGUGGCAGAUUAUUGGUAGGUCUAGGAGUUGGUAUCAUAGCCGUUAUGAAUCUCGUGUAUAUUGGUGAAAUAGCAUCUUCGAAUAUCAGAGGUAUUCUUUUAUCAGCUCUUGGGAUAUUUACAACAUGUGGGUCAUUAUUGAUAUACGCCGUUGGACCAUUUCUUUCUUAUUCUUAUGCGUCAUCUGUUGGCUUGGCUACGAGUUUAGUUUUUAUCUUAUGUGUUAUGUUCAUACCAGAAUCGCCGAUUUUUCAUAUUCUAGAAGAUAACGAAGUCAAAGCCAGAGAUAAUCUGAAAGAUUUGGGACGGGAAGACGAUAUCGAUAAUAUAUUACAGUCGAAAAUAGAAUAUAUUAACUCAACUAAUAAAAAGGACUGGAUUGAAUUAUUUACUCUACGAACUAAUAAGAAAUCUCUGCUUAUAGUUGUUGUUAUGAAUAUUUUACAACACGGAAGUGGGAUUCUAGCCUUACUGCUCGGUGUGUACUUUUAUUUGGAUGAUUAUUCUGGUUUAAAUCAAGUGAAUUGGCUGCCGCUUGCUCUUCUCAUUAUAUUUUUUAUUGGAUACGAUGCAGGUAUAGGUAUUGUUCCAAAUGUGCUGAUUGGUGAAAUGUUUACGAUGAACGUUAGAAGUAAAGGUUCGGCUGUAGCGCUAGCAGUCUCAUGGCUGUCAGGAUUUUUAGUUACUGUAGCUUAUGGGGCGAUAGUCGAACACGUUGGCAGUUACGCAGCGUUCUGGUUCUUUUCUUCCACUGGUCUGAUAUCUUGUUUGUUCACAAUAUUUUGUAUACCGGAGACAAAAGGCAAGAGUUUGUUAGAAGUUCAGGACAUGUUAAAGAAAAAUUAA